GUUUUAGUUACCCCCCAAGUUUAUAGAUGGCACGGAGCUUUUAUACAAGAAAAACAAACAAGAUUUGUUUACACACCAAAACAUAAAGUCACUUUUUGCACUCGACUCAAGGUUUAUCUUGUGGUGAAAUAAUUCGAAUUAAUCCGUAAAUUACUAAAUUAGCCAACCCAGUACUAUCUCCAGCUAUUAUGGUUGGUGCAGUCUGGAAGCAGGAUAAUCGCGGCAAAGGUAUAUAUGUUGAUCAUGAAACAGCUGCAAGUGAGGAAGAAAAUGAGGACAACUAUGUGGAAGAUGAAAGUUUGGGCAAUUGGGCAGAUUUGCCUGAUUUGGUCAUUGAAAGAAUCUUUUCAUAUCUGAGUAAUGAAAAGCGUUAUUAUGGAUCUCUGGUGUGCAGAAGAUGGUAUCAGGCAUUUCAUCUGCCAUAUGUCUGGUCCACUUUUGUGCUAGAAGAUCGUGUUUUAUCAAGAAGACGGUUUAACUACCAUUUAGGCUGGCAAUAUACUUUAGACCACUACAGAGCUCAAAUAUUUUUGUACAAAACAGCCAAAAAUAUUCGAACCCUUAUUUUUGCUCCCAUGUUGAAUUUCUUUAAUCUCUUUGAGGUCAUGAAUAUGCUCUCCCAAUUCAGUGAAAGGUACCCAGGUUCCCUUGACAACAUCCAUACACUCAAGUUUACUUUCAACUGUGAUAUGGCGUUUCGGACGGAAAACGCCAUUUACGGUACUGGUGGUCAGCUCUUGCAAGCACUUAAAAAUCUUAUGUCUUUUCUACCUGGCCUCACGAGCUUGGAAUUGACCAAUCUGCUGUUGGACAGUUCGGAAGCUCUCUAUCUCUUGGACGAUGUCUGUUACACUAGAUGCCUCAAUCUCCAUUCACUGACACUUAUCAAUUGCACCAAAGUUCCUUGUCGUCUUCUUCACCCAGGCGCCUUCCUUCGACUGCAUUCUCUCCGAAUCAGUCCGCAAACAUUAAGCUCCGAUUUGCUUUGGCUCAUAAGCUCUACAAAAUUGAAACACUUACACAUCAUUCAGAACGCCUACACUGAAUCUUGCUACAGCAUCGAACCUAAAGCCUGGAGCGAUUUGAAUCGAAAGAAUCCGGCAAUAAGAGUCCACUUGAAAUCAAUGGGGAAAACUAAAAGAGAAAUUGUCUGGCAGGAACGUGCCCCAGUAUCAUCCGUAUUGUACAAUUCCCGUUAUUCUAAGGUGUCCAUGUCAAGUAUUCUGACCAUCGUUGAUCUCUACCGCGAUCGACUGAAAGUUUAUGGUCACCUGGGGCUUCCUCGAUUCCAUACGUCCAACAGCUUCCAGAAUCGGAUCGACAUGUCCUUGAUCACUCUUGUUCGGGAAUGUCCAAAUCUUAACACACUGGUAAUCCGCGAGAGGAUUUCAACUGCGACAUUGAUCCUGUUGGUCAGCUCAGCCAAUUGUCAACGCUUGCAUCGUCUUUACGUUCGCCGUAACGCCUUGCUACUCCGCGCCGACUGGCCUCGUAGCCUCGAGUGGACCGAGGACUAUUUCACCUGGUUAAAGACCACGUCAAGGAGCUACGAGUCUACACAGGUAGAAGUAUCUCAAAAGCUCAAACAACCUGAUUGGCAAGCCUUGAGCGAUCAACAGUUCAAAAUUUUGAAGGUUAAUGUCGAAAUUGAUUCUAUUUAACCCCUUCCCCCUUGAGUUGGGUUUCCUCAGUGUUUUUAGAUGCCAUACCUACCACAUAACCUUUAAUACGCACACAGACAAAAGAAAAACAAAUUCUUGAGCUCAAGCCAAUAUUUUCCCCCGUGUAAUAAAGAUGUCAAAUACAUCGAAUAUCCACCUAGAUCUAGAAUUGGGUGAAAACAACUUGUACUGAAUUUAGUAUGUAACGUACGUUCGCAUUUCUUUUUCGCUAGAUUCAAUCGUCAUUGGAAUAUAAAUGCGGUCCUUGAUGAGGCAAUGGGCGCAACGAGUGUGGAAACGUGUUCUGCACGAAAUAAACGAGACACCCCCGAGGGCAGUUAAUGUAUGCACGCAGCCCGUUAUUAUAUGACGGGUGUCUUUUUUUUUUUUUUUGUUCUUUCCCCCAAGACUGGUGGCAACUGGAUUGCACCACGACAAAAAGCGGAUAGAAUAAGGCAACAAGCAGAACUAGCAGCAACUUUCACAUCGAGAAACGAGGGCUAGGCCGUAGUGAUUGGGUCAUUGUGUUUCAGUCGUCCAGCGCCUUUCCUACCGAAAGGACCUCUCGUUUUCGUUGCGCAUUCGUAUUUUAUUUGAACGCAAGUGUCGACCAUGCAAACAACCCGAGCGGCGUUAACGGAUAUGGUGGAAACGCGGCCACAAAAGAAAGACAUUGACGGUCUGUCCAACGGGGCAGCUGUCCAGAUCUUUUCCGGUCUGAGUUGCAUCACUCUGCAGGUAUUUUUGUUGGUCAAUUAUCACGACGCGGACGAGAGCAUCCAACACAACGGAAACACAAUUUUCACACUUGCCGUUGGAUCUUUUGGCUUCCUCGCUGGCAUUUUCGGAUGUUUUGCCAGUGGUUCCAGGAAAUGGAUCAACUACGCUUACCUGGUCACGUCCUUGGGGGUGGUAGGGUCUAGCGUGUUGUACUUCCUGGCAGGAUAUUGGGACUUCUACAACGCAGUCAAAGAUUCUGGAAAAUUGUAUUACCUCACCGUAAACAAUCGCACAGAGGCGAUCCAACCGACGUUGCCUGUUGACGACGAGCUCCAUUUUUGGUUGCGCGCCGGACUUUUCCUUUGCGUUAUCGUCUUGGCGUUGUUCAGUUUGGCCGGCAUGGCCGUCGUGGCCUCUUACCGUAUCUGCAACGGCGGAUGGACCAAGAAGGACGACUACAAGAGCCUGCUGGCCCAGCAAGAGUAAUUCGUCACUUUCCAACCUGCCUAUAGCUAGCCGAGGACGUGUCGCUGUUAGAGUGUCCUCAAUUUAUUGUUUCAGUUCAAAAUGAAUCUUUAGUUAAGCUUGAUGCACGAGAGACCUUGUACAUAGACAAUAACGUAGUAGAAUUGAUAAACCCAUUAAGUGCCCUUGUCAUUCCGAGAAUCUCAUGUUCAAUAUACUUUGUCAUACGAUA